AGAGAGAGAGAGAGAGAAAGAAAUCAGACCCUAAAGAAAGAGGGGAAAGGGAGUGGAAAGCACCACUCAGGAGUGAUCCUUGCUAUUUAUCUCAUGGAUUUUACAAACUAAACCACCUCCCCCCCCCAGAGGCAAACUUUUAUCAUGAGUUUGCUGAAGCCUGAGCUGCAGGGCUGCCCUCUAGCCAAGUGAUCAGAGCUUUGCGGGGCAGGCACUUUCCCCCUCUCCAGCUGUCUUUCAUGGUAAAGUAUUUAUUCCUGCUCAGCAGCCCCGUGGGUCUCUUCAUCUCCCCUCCGUGCAGGAGAGAUGCGCGCCGCGUGGCCCGGGCAGCCUGCCUCCCGGCUGCUGGUCCUCUCGUGCUUGUGGCUGCGCUGCAUCCUGGCGGACUUCACCUUGGACAAUGAGGUGCACUCCAGCUUCAUCCACCGGCGGCUGCGGAGCCAGGAGCGCCGGGAGAUGCAGCGGGAGAUCCUCUCCAUCCUGGGCUUGCCGCACCGGCCCCGGCCCCAUCUGCACGGCAAGCAGAACUCAGCCCCCAUGUUCAUGCUGGAUCUCUACAAUGCCAUGUCGGUGGAGGAGGCGGCCGGGGCGGCGGGGGAGGAGGGAGAGGGCUUCUCCUACCCUUACAAGCCCAUCUUCAGCACCCAGGGCCCCCCCCUGGCCAGCCUGCAGGACAGCAACUUCCUCACCGAGGCAGACAUGGUCAUGAGCUUCGUGAACCUGGUGGAGCAUGACAGAGAGUUCCAUCAUCAGUGCUGUCACUAUCGGGAGUUCAGGUUUGAUCUCUCCAGGAUCCCGGAGGGGGAAGCUGUGACUGCUGCUGAAUUCAGGAUAUACAAGGAUUACAUCCGCGAACGCUUUGAUAAUGAGACAUUCCAGAUCAGUGUCUACCAGGUACUCCAGGAACACCCAGGAAGGGAUUCAGAUCUGUUCCUGCUUGACUCUCGAACAAUCUGGGCUGCAGAAGAAGGCUGGUUGGUGUUUGAUAUCACAGCAACCAGUAAUCACUGGGUGGUAAACCCACAACACAACCUUGGCCUGCAGCUAUCGGUUGAGAGUAUAGAUGGACAAAGCAUCAAUCCCAAGUUGGCUGGUCUUAUUGGAAGACAUGGCCCACAAAAUAAGCAGCCUUUCACAGUAGCGUUCUUCAAAGCCACAGAGGUUCAUCUCCGCAGUAUUCGUUCCACUGGAGGCAAACAAAGGAGCCAGAAUCGAUCAAAAGCACCAAAGAACCAGGAAGCUUUUCGGGUGUCCAACGUUGCAGAAAACAGCAGCACUGAUCAGAGGCAAGCCUGUAAAAAACAUGAGCUGUACGUCAGCUUCCGGGAUCUCGGAUGGCAGGACUGGAUAAUUGCUCCGGAGGGCUAUGCAGCUUAUUACUGUGAAGGAGAAUGUGCCUUCCCACUGAACUCAUACAUGAAUGCAACAAACCAUGCUAUUGUGCAGACACUGGUUCACUUUAUAAACCCAGAGACCGUGCCGAAGCCCUGCUGUGCUCCUACACAACUCAAUGCCAUCUCAGUGCUCUAUUUUGAUGACAGCUCCAACGUUAUCUUAAAAAAAUACAGGAACAUGGUAGUACGGGCCUGCGGUUGCCAUUAGGUUUGCAGGAAAGAAAAAGAGUGAUUUGUAAUGAGGGUUUUUUAUAUGGAUUUGCAAAGAAAAAAGUUUAGGUCUCCGGCCUCGGAUUGCCGUAAAAACAGUUUGCAGGCAUCAUGCUUCUGACAGGGCAGAAUCGGCAGGAGAUAAUAGGACAAAUUCUGGAUCCAGGUGACAUCUGAACCGAUUUUGAACCAAUGGGAAAACCAAUCUGCCUAAAACAAUUGGUUACAAACACUACGUAUUGCUGCAGAGGAGUCUUUCGGAAGAUGACUAACUCACCAGCGUUGAUUAUAAACAUCUUUUUUAAACAAAUCUAUCUGUGGUGCGAGUGCGUGCAAAGUAAUAAGCAUUUUUAGUUCCUGUAACAUGUUGUUCACAAUAAAAAUGAGUGACUGAAACAUACCUGGAGAAACAGAUAUUUUGUUAGAGAAUUAACUCCAUCCUUUUUGCUUAUGCCCUUUUCAUAAGCAGAGGCAAAGACUAAACACGUGGAACUUCCAGUAUUAAAUUUUGCACUAGCAGAACCUAUAUCUGGAAGAAGCGACUCAAAAGGACAAAUACAUCUAGAAACCUCACUGUAGGAACUGAAAGAAAUAAACUCCAAAGAAUAAAAGAUUGGAUUGAUGUUGAAUUUUGGUGUUAGAGGGCAAACAGAUCUCUUUUCGCUACCAGCAGGAACCUGAAUUUGCAAUGGACUGAGAUGGCUAAGAAUAAAAUUUCUAAAAAAUAGGAAAUAAUUUGGAAACAUAUAACCCAGCUCUUUAGGUGGGCAUCCACUAUUAUGAAAGGCAAGCCAAAAAUCCUGCUCACAUAUGGAAAACAUCCAUUGAUCUCAGGGUGCGCUAAAUAAAGCCCCAAAAAGGUUGCAGAUCUGUAGGCCAAUGAAAUGCGGAAAGCCCAAAGUAUGGUGCUGGAUCUGGAGCUGGCAUCUGGAGGAUUGAGUCCUGAAUCUUUCUUGUGGACUAGACCCGACAGUUUCCUGGGUCAGUAUUUUCUGUGCGAUUCUUAUUUUAUUGGCAGUUUCAAAGCAUCUAAACCAGGCUACAGGAACUAGCGUCCAGAAGGCAUCCUCCUGGUUGAUCUUUUUGAAGUCAGAGGUCACAAAAGCUAUCAAAUUUCUGUAAUUAAAGUUAAAUUAAAGCUACUGUGGCAGAAGGGUGGAUGAGAGCUCCUGCUAUUGAACCCAAUCCCAAAUUGGGCUGGCUGGAAGCGCUUUUGUGUUCUUGGAGCUUGCGUAGAUGGCCAAAACUUGAACUUCAUCAGGAAAAAAAAAGUUCUUUCCAAUAAAAUACCAGGCUUUUUGCCUGCCUGCUUAGCCUCCCAUUUCUAAACUGCUAGGCAGAUCUACAAAAACAAUGAAAAGGAGAGGCAAGGAUUCUUGUGAGUGAUAUCUUUUAUUGGACCAGCUGCAUAAGGGAGACACUUUUUUUUUUAAAUCCCUGGGCUUGAGUCUCUCCUCAGAUUGAUUUUACGUCUCAGUAUAACUGCAGCCCUCACAGGAAGGAUUCCUAAUUUAUUCUCAUGUUGUCCAACUCAGAAUCAGACCCUGUAUCUUUCAUUACCAAGGAACUAUUAAGGAAAGAGAGAUGAAGGAAGUUGUGGGGUUCUGCGAAUCACUCAUUGCUCUCUUCCCUCUAAACCACAAUUAAAAUCCAGACCAGAUGCUUUGCUUAACAACAACAACACCAACAAAAGGGCAGCUUUGUAGGAGACAAGCUGGGAGUUUGUUUCUCGUGUCCCAGUUCUCUUUUCUAGUUCUGUUAAAGUCAAUAAUGGUUUUAUCAGCGAUUUCCAGUGGUAGCAGGAUUAAGUUUAUGCCACUGACAGCAGUGGGCUUUGGGUUGGGCCCUUGGUGGACAGUAGUCCAUGUGGCCAGAGGCACCAUGCAUACAUAUAAAUACGAACCAAGAGCCUGCAGGCCUAAUUCAGCUCUGGCAUAUAUAAUCUGUGCCAUUAAAAUGAACACAGCUAUACCUGACUUAAAUCCGAAUCAGACUUUAUAGUUACCAAGUCAAAUCCAAGGAGGGAUCCUGCAUUGCAAUACCCUUAGACAAACCAUCUCUGAGAAAUGUUGGACUGCAGCUGCCUUCCGUGCAUCCAUCAUUUUAAAUGUAAAAUGCAGAAAGUCAUGCGAAUUGUAGAUAGCACUCCGUGUUGUAUUUGUGCACGUCCCCCCAUGCAGCGUGCUUUUAGGUGUCUGUAAACCUUGUAUGGGAAACUAAGGUGCUGGCUAUGAAGUUAACAUUGGAUGUUUAGGGCGGGUUAUUAUUUUAUGUGGGCAAGGAUGAGUAUUGUCCUUUGUGUCCAAUGUUGGCAGUCAGUGGACUGGCAUAUUCCAGUUUCAGAGCUGACCACCCUUUCUUCUUGUGUUUGACUCGUAAAUGUUCUGCGGGGUUUGGUUUUGUUUUUUAACUCGAUGACAGAAUCUGUUGCUAGGCUGUACGUUGGCUCUGUUUGUUUGUACAUUUUUAUGUAAAUAGUUGUCACAAACGUGGAAAAAGAAUUAUUUAUUUCCAUCAUCUCUGAAUUCCUUUUCAGUCACGCAUUCAGGAAAAUUCGCAUCUCUUAAAACACAUUUGUUUCCUUAUUUAAGAUGAUAUUUAUUAACAGUUGGCAAAAUCUAUGUAUACAUUUCUGGUUCUUUUCAUAGAGCAGUUAGAAGCAUUUUGUACAAACUAGUGAAAUAAAUCAUUGUGACUUUACAAAAGAUAUUCCAACAA